AUGAUUCGAGAGGUUCUUGCUUUCCUGGCGCUUGUUGGCCUAGUCGUCUCUACUCCUAGCACGAGUCAAAUCGGAUCGGAUGUCACGAUACUGACAGACAAUGAUCUAUACGAUAAUCUCACGACACGAACAGGCUCGGCUCUCCUCUUGUCUAGCCUUCAAACAUACAAAUCGGCUAUCAAAUCCUGCACUUUGCUCGGAGAAGAUCUCUGGUUCUCGGAACUUCCUGGACAAGCAUUCGAGUUAGGCUUGAACAACUCUCUUAGCUACCAGCAGUACAUCGGAACAUUUUGCUCAUCUCAGAAACUCUGGAUUGCUAGUCCUGCUUCUACAGAUUUUAGCUCAAAAAAGUCAUCGUGCCCAGCAAUCGACGUUCGAGGUAGCACCUCGCUUCAAAAAUGUAACACCAAACUCCCCGUCCUCUGUACCCAGAAGGCUCCUAUGUCAACAGUAGCUGCUUUGAACAUAUCUGCUCCAUACCAGAUUACGGUACAAGCCGGCAAGCAAACCCUCACAGGAUUCCGUGACAAGCAUGCCUUUACAUUUCUCGGCAUACGCUUCGCACCUCAGCCUCCACGUCUCGGCUACUCCCAGCUAUUCACUGGCUCCGAGUCCACAACAGCUCUACAACCAGGUCCAAUAUGCGUGCAAGCGCCAAGCAAAGGCAGCGAAGACUGUCACUUCCUCAACGUCUGGACGCCAUAUCUCCCAUCUAGUCGAUACAAACCCGCCAAGAAACAGCUCAAAGCAGUGAUGGUCUGGAUAUUCGGGGGCGGUUUCGUCGGCGGGUAUGGUUACGAUCCAAGCACGUCUGGUGUGUACCUCGCUUCUCGAGGCGAUGUCGUUGUCGUGACGCUGAACCAUCGAGUUGGGGUUCUGGGAUUUCUUGCCUUGAAAGAUGGGACAGCAAACGGGAACUAUGGAAUUGGCGAUAUUGUGACGGCUUUGAAGUGGGUGAAAGCAAAUAUCGAAGCUUUCGGAGGCGAUCCGGAUCGAGUGACGCUUUUUGGACAGAGUUCUGGAGCGGCAGCGAUCAGGGCAUUAAUUGCGUCACCUGAGGCGAAAGGACUGGUUCAUGCCGCAAUUAUGCAAAGUGCACCGGUGGGAUUCAGUGAUUUUGAUGCGUAUACUCAUUAUGGGAAGAUCGAGGAUCUGUACAAGAGUGUUACGACGCCGGUGCUUAGUGCGGUGGGCUGUCUGAAUGUGACGGAUCAGCUUGCUUGCUUGAAAAGAAAGGAUUUUUAUGAGCUUACUGAUGUACCUGUACUCGUCAAUACACCUACAAUCGAUGGCAAAUACAUCGUCUCACCAAGGCUGUCCCUAACCGGGAAAGAGUAUGCAGCUCGGAUCCCCAUCUUGACAGGUACAAAUCGAGAUGAGAGUGGUAUCACAGCUCCAUAUCCAGCUCCAGCAUCACUAGACGAAGCUCUCGACCAGAUUGCUGGAUUGCUUCGACUCAACCUCUCGUACAUUCCCUCCACAGGAGCAUUUACAGUUCCAGCAGGUCCAGAUCCAACCGUCAAUAACUUCAAAGUAACCUCGCGAAUCAUCACGGACGGUGGACUACAUUGUCUGAACCAAGCCACUGCAUUCUCAGGUGUCAAGCAUAAAGUGUUCCCAGCUGUCUACUCCUACGUCUUCAAUCGCACUUACCAGCCACCUACAUUCACAAACGACGCCUGCAACGCUCCCAUCACACCCUCUCAUCCAUUUGGAGACCCCAAUUUGGAGUAUUCCAAGUGCCAUGCGGGAGACGUGAUCUGGACGUUUGGAUUAUUAUCGAGACUGCUUCCAGUGAGAGACGAUAUCGACCUUCCGUUCUCGCAGCUUAUCCUCGAUUACUGGACUUCGUUUGCUAGGACACAUGACCCGAAUCCGGAUAUGGGUUACUUGAAAGCCAGAGGAUACUGGGGUACUGUCGCGCAGUUGAAGGUAGUGGGGGGAUGGGAUGAAGUUAAAGGGAGUAAGCCGACUGCGAGGUGGCUGCAUUGGAAUGGCAAGCAGGUUCCGUUUGACGAGAAGGAGCAGUGUGAUGCUCUUGGACUUCCUUUGGAUUAUUAUGAGUCGUUAUGA